GAAGGCCCUGGAGGGCGGCAGAGCUCAGGGGAGGAGCAGGCGCCUCCGGAGCCAGAGGGGGAGGGGAAUGUAGGUGAAAGGGGAGUGGAGGAGGCAGGGCCGCAGCCUACUGUUGCGCUACAAAGUGCCGGCCUCCCAGGCUUCGGGCAAUCUGCUCUGCUUCCGAGGAGAGUCUCCUGGCCGCGGAAGUAUCCCCAAACCUGUCCAGCCAUGGCCCUCCUCCGAGGUGUGUAUAUAGUUGCUGCCAAGAGGACACCCUUUGGAGCCUUUGGAGGUUUACUGAAGGAUUUCUCUGCCACUGACCUAACUGAACUGGCUGCAAAGGCUGCCCUGUCUGCUGGCAAAGUUCCUCCAGAAAUUGUUGACAGUGUGAUCGUGGGCAAUGUCAUGCAGAGCUCUGCAGAUGCUGCCUACCUGGCGAGGCAUGUCGGUUUGCGUGUGGGAGUCCCUCAGGCCAUCCCAGCUCUGACUCUUAACAGACUCUGUGGCUCCGGCUUCCAGUCCAUCGUCAGUGGAUGUCAGGAAAUUUGUACCAAAGAUGCUGAAGUCGUGCUGUGCGGGGGCACAGAAAGCAUGAGCCAGGCUCCCUAUUGCGUCAGGAACAUCCGUUUUGGAACCAGGCUCGGAGCGGACCUCAAGCUGGAAGACACUUUAUGGACAGCACUGACUGAUCAACAUAUUCAAAUUCCCAUGGCCAUUACUGCCGAGAAUCUUGCCGUAAAACAUAACAUAAGCAGAGAAGCCUGUGACAAAUAUGCUUUGCAGUCACAACAGAGGUGGAAAGCUGCUAAUGACGCUGGCCACUUUAAUAGUGAAAUGGCCCCAAUUGAAGUGAAAGUAAAGAAAGUAAAACAGAUGAUGCAGGUGGAUGAACAUCCUCGGCCCCAAACAACAUUGGAACACCUGGCCAAACUCCCUCCAGUCUUCAAGAAACAAGGCACCGUCACUGCAGGAAAUGCUUCGGGAGUGUGUGACGGAGCUGGGGCAGUGAUCAUAGCUAGUGAGGAUGCUGUUAAAAAGCAUAGCUUGACCCCUCUCGCCAGAAUUGUGGGCUACUUUGCAUCUGGAUGUGACCCCACUAUCAUGGGCAUUGGUCCUGUUCCUGCCAUCAAGGGAGCACUAAACAAAGCAGGGCUGAGCCUGAAGGACAUGGAUUUGGUGGAGGUGAAUGAAGCUUUUGCUCCACAGUAUCUAGCAGUAGAAGACUCUUUGGGCCUGGACCCAAGCAAAACCAAUGUGAAUGGAGGAGCCAUUGCGCUGGGCCACCCAUUGGGAGCCUCAGGAACUCGAAUCACUGCUCAUCUGGCUCAUGAAUUAAGGCGCCGGGGUGGAAAGUAUGCCGUGGGAUCGGCUUGCAUCGGCGGUGGCCAGGGGAUCGCGGUCAUCCUUGAGAACGCGGCCUGAGCGGCCAAGGACGCGGCCAGGAGAGGCCCAGCCCCUACGCGCUUGUUUGGCAAAUUGUGAACGAGAAACAAAUAGAACCUUCGCCUCAAUUUCUGACACCGCCCCCUGGUACCAAAGACUUCCUUUGUAGGGGGGGGAAGGGGGGGACACAAAGUUGGGUUCCAGGGACACCAAAGCAAAAAAAAAUCCAUUCAUCCAGGGUGCGUGCCCAUCCUGGAAACAGCCAUUUCCCAGGUUUGGCACAGGUAGCAUAAGAUGCAUUUCAUUAGCCAAAAUGCAACUAAGGAAACUUGGAAAAGGAGGAUUCCUGCCCCAUAGCCACCGGAUAGACCUUUUUGCCUUAUUGAAUGAUUGCAAAGCCUUCUUACCUUGUUGCCUUAACUCUAGUUCCUCGGUUCACUCCCCUCAUAAAAGAAACGUUCCUAAUUUUGUUGCAGUCAGAAGACUUUCACUGCAUUUUUAAAAAUUGUAUUUGUUGUACACCAAGUGCAUUUCAUUAAUCCUUGUAACAAAAAAUAUAAAAUAUCAAUAAAAAGUCAUCUCGAGUUCAUGUUA